AGGAUGUUACAUUUGUCAAUUAACUAUUCCCGUUGUAGUUUUGGUGGCAGAUGCCACUUGUGUAUUAUUUUGAACUCUAUUAACGACAUCGGCAAUGGGCUACGGAUCAGUCCUUUUGCUUUCGGUCUUCGUGGCAAAUGCAGUUGCAGGUCCAUUGAAAUACUCAGAUGGCCAAUGCGCAAGGCAUUGUACGGAGAACAACAAAUUACGUUAUGAACCAAGUGUUUACACGUAUGAUUAUGAAUCCGAUACUAUCACCACAAUACAAGGAACGACGCAUGAAGAGUCUCGAAUGCACAUGAAAACGAAAGUUAUGAUUGAAGUAGUUUCAAAAUGCGAACUAGUAAUGAGGUUACGAGAAACGAGUCUCGAAAAUUCGGAUCCCAGAAAUCCGAAUGACAGAAGACCGACUCAAAACAACAGAGAGUUUGCAGAUAAACUACAAAGAUAUGAUCUGAGAUUUUCUUUCCAAGAUGGUAUAAUUGAAAAUAUCUGUGCUACAGAAGACGAAGAACCAUGGGUGCUUAAUAUCAAAAAGGGUAUCUUAUCUACUCUUCAAAAUUCCAUGGAUAAUUUGGAAAUUACUCAGACAGUAACCGAGACAGACGUGGCAGGAAAAUGCACUUCAGAAUAUACCAGUUUGGGAAGAAAUUGGAGGAACGUGUACACAGUAAGAAAGACUAAGGAUUUAUUAUCGUGUACUGAACGAUCGAACGUACAGACUGCUUUACAAGGAUCUUCAUAUACUGAACAACAAUCAAAAUCUUUACCUCUGCUAAAAGGUGUCCAGGUUUGCGAACAGAAAUUCAGUUCGGGCAUUCUUGAAUCAGCAACUUGUAUAGAGUCUCACACUUUUAGGCCAUUUUCUAAACAAUCUAACGGUGCCGUUACUCGAACAAUACAGAAAUUAACAUUCAGUCAAAAACAUAAUGGCAGAUUUGCAGGAAAUGAUUACAGGAUGAUUAGCGAGAAUUUAUUGUUCAAUCAUAAUUAUGAAAAGAUGGAAGAAGGAGCUAGGCAACAAGAAGCCGAACAACUUCUUGCUACAUUAUGUAGUGCAAGUAAAGAAGAAAUACGAAAUGACGUUCCUAGAUUAUUCUCUCAAUUUAUUUAUGUAUUGAAAACUCUUCAGCAUCCCGAAUUAAUGGCUGUAAACAGAAGAGUAGAAAGAAUCUGCGCCGGAAACAGUAAAGGAAGGAAAUUUUUCACGGAUGCAGUAGCAACGAUUGGAACUACAGCAUCUGUAAAAUUGAUGAAAGAAAUGAUCGAAAGAAAUGAAGUAGCAAGUUCCGAAGCAGAAUUCUGGAUGACCAGCUUAGCCUUUAUAACUAAUCCGACAAGUGAUAUGAUCAAUACUUUAACUCCACUUCUAGAUGGAAGAUACGAACAAGCACUUUUAGGAGUUUCGGGAUUAAUUCAUACUUUCUGUCAAUCCAACCCAGAUUGCGGAAUUUUACCUGAAGUCAGGCGAGCCGUUCGAAUGUUAGUUAAUAACUUAGGAGAAAAUUGCUAUUCAUCUGAAACGAGAAAGGUAUUGUUAUCAUUGAAAGCUAUUGGUAAUAUUGGAGAAGGUGAAGAAGCUCAAAGAAUUUUGCAACAAUGUUACCAUAAUCCUCAACUAACCACAGAAACAAGAUUAGCAGCUAUUCAGGCAUACCGAAGAUUUUCUUGUUACAUACCUAGAGAUGAUUUAUUAAAAUUAUAUACUAAUUAUGAAGAAGAUUCCGAACUUAGAAUUGCAUCUUAUUUGGCUGUUAUGAGAUGUGCAAAUCAUUAUACAAUGAAUAUAAUUAAGAAUACUCUUGAAAAUGAAGUCAUAAAUCAAGUUGGUUCUUUUGUCUGGACUCAUCUUGUAAAUACAAAAGAGAGUGAAAAUCCUGUCAAAAAAGACAUAAAAGAAAUUGUAUCUAAUUUAUAUCUCAUGAAUAAAUAUAAUACCGACGCAAGGAAAUUUUCAAGAGCAAUGGAAUAUUCUAUGUUUUUUGAUAGCUUAAAUGUAGGAACUCACGCCGAAAGUAAUAUAAUUUACAGCCCUCAAUCUUAUAUACCUCGUUCUGCAAUGUUCAAUUUGACUGUAGAUGUGUUAGGUUCAACUGUUAAUCUUUUUGAGAUUGGAGGAAGAUUGGAGCACGUCGAGAAAAUUGUAGAAAGAUUAUUUGGUCCUAAAGGUUACUUUUCUCAGAGCUCUAUGAGUAAGAUUGUCAAGAAUUGGAGACAGAAAAGAGCGGUCUCAGAUAACAAAAUUGGAGAAUUGACUGAUCAGUUUGAUGCUAAAACACGUUUCAAUGAGGAUCCAUAUGCAUCUAUGUAUCUGAAGAUAUUUGGAAAUGAGAUGUGGUAUUCUAAUUUAGAUUAUCUCAGAUCUCAAAGAGAAACUUUCGAUCUAAACAAUUUUCUCAGAGAACUUGCAAGAGAACAAGAUGUAGAAUUUUCUAAAUCAUUUAUGUUUUUGGAUGCUACUUACACAAUUCCUACUGGAAAUGGUUUUCCUCUUCGUUUGGCAAUCAACGGAACAGCAACUGUGGGUUUGAAAGUCGGAGGAAAGUUUGAUGUUAGAUCUCUAAAACAAGUUGACAUUCGUGGAAGAUUCCAACCAAGUGGUGCAGUUGAGAUUUCAAGUUUAAUGACAGUAGAUGCAGGAACAGCUCGUAGUGGAUUGAAAAUGGUUGCCACUUUGCAUUCAUCAACUUGGAUGGAUGGUUUAGUAGAGAUGAGAGAUGGUCAAAUAAUGAAAGUUCAAUUAAAUGUUCCUAAAGAAAAAAUGGAAAUUAUUGAUGUUCAGAGUAGGAUAUUUUUAUUGAAUGAGGAAAAAGAAAGAGAACAGACAGGUCCACGAGAAAGAUCGAAAAUAGUUUCCUCCUGUACAGGACGUUAUACUAAUAAAAUUUUGGGAAUGGAACUAUGCAGUCAAUUACAAGUGCCAGAAUCUGUCGACAGAAACUUACCUUUGUUUCCAAUGAGUGGAGCAGCUGUAGCUAGAGUUUUUAUUAGAAAGACUGAUCGUACUCUCACAAGUUUUAACUUCGAAGCUAAAUGGAAUAAAGAAAUAGAUAAAAAAGGAAGAUCAAUUAGGAGUGCUUUUGUGACUUUGAACACACCUGGAUCCUCCGUUGAUCGUGAACUGACUUUAGAUUUUCAGUUGAAUGAACCCGAGAAAUCUGUAUCUCUCAAACUUAAAACACCUAUUAAAAAAUUAGGAGUAUCAGCAAGAUAUACAAACGAAGACAUUGAAAAACGUUUCGAUAUCCGCUUUACUAUAGACGAUUUGGAAAAGUUUGUUAUUCAAUCAUCACUUAGAUCAGAUACUAAUUCAGCAGGUGGCUUAUAUUCUCCAGCUCUUGAAGUAAUAGGACCUAAUGGACGUUUGAUAGCAAUUACAGGAUCCGCUCAUAUUCGUCACGGUGAGAGAUAUAAUGGACAAUUAACAAUUGAAGAUGCUACCAGAAAACCAAUAAGUUUAAAUGCCAAUCUGGAUAUUAAAGAAAGAGAAAGAUACGAAAUCCAAUUUGGUAUAAGUUCAUCCUACAUAGAAUCAAAUCUUCAAGGUUUCGCUCAGCUAGCAGACAGUAUUUCUUCUAAAUUAACUUUGGACUAUCAAAUCGAAAAACAAAGACGUGAAACUAUAGAUAUUAUUGCAAAAUUCCGCGAUCUCUCAGCCAGCAGUUUAACGAAGUAUGCAGGAACAUUCUCUUUACUCAGUACAGCUAAACCACAAUAUACAACAGCUGCAACAUGGGAAAUGCAACGUACUACAGGGCAUAUGGAAAAUACUCUCCAGAUUAAUUUGGGAGAUGGAAGAAGAAGCAGAAUGCAUAAAAUUACUCUACAGGAAAUCGUUCGUUAUCAGGGUACUCUAUCCAACAAUAAAGCAGCACUCACAUUAAAAAUGAUUUAUCCUGAAAGGAAUAUCGAUUUUUCGUUCGAUAUGAAACACGAGAAUACAGAAAAACAACUUUUUAAUAAACUGAAUGUACAAUAUGCACCCAACAGAGUAGCGAAUGUAGAGACAGAAAUAGAUAUAGAACCUAAUCAAUUUAAAGGAGGUAUGAAAGUAAGUUAUCCAGGACGGGACGCCAGAUUGGCAGUUAAUGCGAUUCGCAAUACAAAUGAAUAUAGAGCAGGAGUGAUUGCUCAAUGGCAACGUGGUCGACAGCUAGCAGCACAAGCAAAUUUUAGAAAUAUCAGAGAAGGACAAAAAGUUAGAUACGAGAGUGAUGCAGAAAUUUCAUACGCACGUAAAAAACCUAUCAGUAUCUCAGCUGCGCUCGGAAUUCAUGGCUCUGAUUACACUUUUUCGGGUAAUGUUGAUGUAGGAAAAGAGAAAUAUUCCGCCAAUGGUAACUGGGUAAAUACUGGAACUUUCAAUAAAAGAUUAGAGGCAUUUGUUAAUUUUCCUGGCUUAAUAUAUUCUGCUGAGUUGAAUUUGCAAGGCGAUAGGAAUAGCAUCAAUGGAAACGCAGACUUUAAGACAAAUUCAAGACAUAUAGUAGGAAAAUUGAGAACUACAAAUACAAAGAACGCAAAAUCUGGUUCUUUAGAGAUACAAAUGGAUGCAGAAAGAGAUCCUAGAAAUACCUACGUUAUUGAAGGCCAAAUGAAUACUGGUAAUAAAUAUCAAGGAUCAUUCAAUUACCGUUCUCCAAGCUACAAUGUUCAAGGAAGAAUUACUAGCAGUCAUCAAGGUAAUAUUUUGGAUGGAGUAUUCAAAACCAACCAUCAUGUAGAACUUGAAUGGAAUCCUAGACGCAAAGUGAUCACAGAUUUGAAUAUUGAUGCUAAUUUGAGUAAUGGACGAAGGCAACUGGUUGGUAGUUUUUCGGCCUAUACUCCAUUUGUUAAUUAUGAAGAUUAUGCUUUAAGUAUUAACCAUAAUGAUAACGGCCAAGAUUGGAGAACAGAAGCAAAUGUAAAAUUGCCAAGAGGAAAGACAUUGACAGGUUUUACCGAAGGUAGGAUCUACACCGAUCGUUACUCAAAAUCUCUUAAUGCUAAACUAAGAAUAAAUACUCCAUAUUCAGACUUUGAGAGGAUUAAUGCAGAUGUAAACUAUAACUCAUCUCCCAACGAAUUAAACAUGUUGGCUAAAUCAGAAUGGAGUAUUGAAAAGAAUGUUGGAUUUGGCAUAGCUACUCGUCACGUACCUAAUUCCGAUUAUCGUGUCGCCUUCAAUUUUACUUCCCAUUAUGAACUUGCAAAAAUACUGUCAGCUAACGUAAUAUUAAGCAAAUCCAAAGAAGGAUAUAGAGUUCAAAGUGAUGCUCAAUGGGAUAUCGAUCAAAAAGUUAGUAUCUUGAUGGAUGGUAAACAAACUUUUGAUGGAUACAACAGAAUUUGUGAGGUGGUAAUGCAAGGCAGCACUCCUUUCAGAGGUUAUGAAAAUCUGUACUCUAAAAUAACAUACAAAAAUGAUAAACGCACAGCAAGUGUAGAUGGAGAAGCUACCUGGGGUUAUCGUAAAAUAAGUGGAGGAAUUUCAGGAGCUAUAAAAAGCAACUCUAAUAAUAGAAACUUAGAAGGAAAGCUUUAUAUAACUACACCAUUCCAGAAUUUCGAAAACUUUCAAGUAACCGCUACGCACUUGGAUGAAAAACAGAGGUUUAAGAGUUUAAUUGAGGUGGUACUUCCAAGAAAUUCAAGAACAAUAACUUUAAAAGGUCAAGGUAAACUGUCAUCUAUUUCUGAUGCUGAGCUUAAUCUUUCUCUAACUAGUCCCUUUAAGAAUUUUGAACGUAUUUCUACUGAAAUUGUCCAUAGAAUAAAUGGUGAUAGAUUGCGUACCAUUGGUGAAAUGCAGUACGGUACUUACAAAAUAACAGGAGAACUGACAGGAACUCAUUCUACUGGUAAUCGAGCUUAUAACACAGAACUUUAUUUUCAAGCAGUCACUCCAUUCAGAGGUUACGAAGACAUCAAAGCAAGUGUAGUGAACAACCGAAAAGACUAUAGCUUUUUAACAAUUCUUCAACUCAACUUUAAUCAGGAUUAUAGCAAAUUACAGAACAAACUAAAAAUGGAUAAUAUUCUGAAUUUCGAAGAAGAACUUCAAAUCACAUCUCCUUACAUUAGAAAUAUACUCAUUAAUGUUAAACAAGAAUAUAGAAAAGGACACUUUAAGCAUAUUUUAGAUGCAAAGCAAGGUAGAGAAAGAAUGCGAACAGAAGCAGAAUAUAUUAAUAGUUCGCCUAAUUACGGUAAUAAUAUAGAAUUAAAAAUAAAAGCCACUAGUCCUUUCGAAACGUUACGUUCACUCGAUAUAGACGGUAGUUUUGAUAGUAAUGGUAGAAGUUAUACUCCAAAAGUAACCAUAUUGUGGAAUGGUUCUAACAAAAUUGCAGCUGAAGCUAAUCUUCUCAAUAAUAGAUACAAAAGAAUGGAAACGAGAGGCACCAUUACUACUACUUUUAAUGGUUACGAAUUUUAUUCAGCUUCAGGCAGUUAUGACAUCACAACACAAAAGAAAAGUAUGGAAUUAAAUUUACAGUGGGACAGCAGAGAAAAUAAACAGAUCUCAUCUAAAGGUUCUUUUGUGGGAGAUAGAAACAGUGGCCAAGUGGAACUGAAUGUAAAAACUCCUGGAGAUGAUUAUAAUCUAAAUGGCGAUUACGUAUUAAAUGAACGUGAAAAAUCUUUUAAUUUGGAAUAUCAAUAUGGUUGGAAGAAAAUACAGAUGAAAGCAAAGCGGGCUGUUACCAGUGAAGGUUCAGAAAUGGAGUUUCUUUUCACAAGUCCCUAUAAAUCAAUGGAGAAGUUUGCUUUAACAGAAGGUCAUGCAUUUGGAGAUAAUACCAUCAAUGGACAAACUAGUGUUCAAUGGAAUGAAAAGAAAAUCUUUUUGGGCGCAGAAUUUAUCAGAGACGGUCCUCGAGGUUCUUUGAGAAUCACUUUUAAAAGUCCAUUUCAAGGAUACGAAUUAGCUUUACUAGAAGUAAAGGGAGAUUUAUACAGUGCACGAAAGACACUCGAUAGUUUCUUUCAGUGGAAUACCCAGCAAAAAUAUCAAUUAAAUGCAAUUUAUGAAUAUUUACCAACUGCACAACGCAUUCUUAACAUCGUUGUUCGCACUCCAUUCAAAAAAUAUGAUGAAAUUUCAUUUGAAGGCCGAUUACAAAAUAAUCCCAGAGAACUCAGAGCACAGAUAAACUAUCAGUGUCCUCUUCAUAAAUUAUAUUUCGAUGGUCUUAUGAAACACAACGGAGUUUAUCCAACCGAAAUGAUUUUUACUCUUGAUUCUCCUUUUAGUCCAUUUAGAAAGGUAAAAUUUACUGAAAACAUCACUAAACAAAAAGGACAGUUCGAGUUUAAUUCUAAUUUGGAAUGGGAAGGAGUGAAUAAGAUAGAAGCUUACAUUUCAACUAUAAAUAAAAAUCGAUACAUGGAAGUCAAAGCAAAAGUUAAUACACCAUUCAAACAAUUCCGUUCGGCAGACAUUGAAGGUAGUAUUGCUAACGAAAAUGCUAAUUCCUUAAAUGGAAAACUUAAUAUAAGAACACCUUUCCAAUCUCUUCAGAAUUUAGAAGUGAACGGCUCCUAUCAGAAAUCUUCAAAUUCAUUAAAUUUUUUAGUAACAGUCAGUAAUUCAGACAAGAAAUUCAGCGUAGCCGGAAGUUACGUUAACAGUAAUUUAGAUCCUUUUGAAAUUAAAUUUAACAUAAAUGCACCUUUUACUUCUUUUCGCACAUUUAAUGUAGAAGGAAAUUUAAAUGUUCAAGGAUCAGAGUACAUCAAUGGCGCCUUAAUUGUCAGUAAAGGAGGCGAAGAUCAUUCUGUGACAUUCAGAACAAGAAAUACUAAUGGACAAUUAGACGGAGAUAUUAAAUUUGACUCUAGGUUAAUAUACUGGAAAAAAGUAUCAAUUUAUUAUCAGGCUAAUUAUGUAGAUAGCAAAAAUAUGGAUGGGAGUAUUAAAAUAGAAACUCCUUAUCAUUCGCAUAGAUUAAGUGGAAAUUACCGAAGUGGACGACGUGAUCUCGAAGCUACACUUAGAUUAAAUUCUCCUAGGAUUCUGAUUCACAAAGAAGAAAUGGUAUUUAAAGUUAUUUAUAAUACAAGAAGAAAUCGCCUUGAUUUUAAAGCAUCAAUAGAUGAUCCACUAGAAGGACUUCACAAAUUGGAAGCAUUUUACAAUAAUGACAAUCGAGAGAUUACAGUUGAAUUUAAUUUGAAUAGUUCGUGGUUAUCAUUUAAAUCAUUUAACGCUAAAGGGAAAUUUAUUAACAGUAAUGACAGAAACAUGGAAGUUCUUGCUACGAUACUUACUCCUUCUUCCACCCAUUCUUUAGAAGGAAUUAUAAAGAAUUACGAUACAGAAAAAGACUUGCAAAUUAAAUUAAUCAGCCCACUUUUUUCAUUCAAAACUUUAACAUUAACUGGCAGCAUGAGAAAUGAUAAUUCCAGAAACAUGGAUGGUUCUCUGACAAUAGCAACUCCUUCUAAAGAACUUAGAAUAUCUGGAAAUAUGAAAAGAAUCACAUGGAAUAACUUCGAAGCUUUUGUUACGAUAAAUACUCCUUUCGAAUGGUUAAAAGUAUUACGAGUAGAUAGCAAAUAUUUGAAUGAUAGGAAUGAGAACAUCGAAGGAAAUUUGGAGAUUCAGUCAUCAAACGAAAACAUGAGAAAGUUUGGUAUCUCUGGAAAAUAUCAUCAUGGUCAAGAUGUCGAGGAGCUUUCAGUUAAUCUCAGAUUACCGAGUCGUCAAUAUCCAACAGUUGGACUUUUGAGUACUUUGCGUCACGUUCCUGGAUCUUUCUCGCCAAGAAUAACCAUUUCAUUGCCUGGAAAAAGAUAUAGUAUUUUCUCAACUUACGAACAUAAAUAUGAUGAGACCACUGCUGGAUUAGGCUAUGAAUGGGGAAGAGAAAAAGCAGAAAUAAAUGGUCAUUUAAAAUUUAAUGAUAAAGGUUUAAAUGGAAAAUUGAGUUUAACUAGUCCAUUUAAAGACUACGAAAAUCAAGAGGCAAGCUUAAUUUAUAGUAGAGAAAGAAGUCGUCAUAAUGUUGCUCUCACAUACAAAAACGCAAGAAACGAAAUUGUUAAUAUUAGAGGACAUGCGGGUUAUUAUAAUAAUAUGAAUUUCAACGUGGAACUGAAUUUCGCUACCCCUUACAGAGGAUUCGAAGAUGUAGUGUUUCGCAUGAGACAAGAAAACCGAAGGAACAGAUUUGCAACAACUCUAGACUGCACUUGGUCCCGAUAUAAAAAGGUGGCUUUUACUUUAGAAAGGGAAUAUAACAACACACACAAUUCCGGUUACAUUUACGUCACUUCACCCUACGAAUUACUCCGUACAAUGAAAAUGGACUAUGCCACUGAAGAUAAUUAUUAUAACACAAUAGGAAAUGCACAGUUAGAAUAUAAUAAUAAAGUAUUGUUCAAAACAGAAGCAUCUUCGCUUUACGAUAGAAAUACACGCAACUACAACAGAAAUUUCGUAGCAAAUCUUCCUACAGUGCCUUUCACUAUUUCUGUCCUCUUUAAACCUCUUACCUCUGGAGCUGAAAGCACAAUAAAGACCAAUUAUCCUUCCAGAUCAAUAAGUCUUCACACUGAGUAUCAAUUGACGAAAAAUCAUUUCAAUCACGGUGCAGAAUUGACUUGGGAUGAGAAGAUGCGCCGCUCUAUGAGCUAUGAAAUGAGACUUGCCGAUAUACCAAGUGAAAAUGAUGCUAAAGAAUUCUACGCACGCCUAAAUUUGCCUAUAAGAUCGAUGGAAGUGAGAGGUAAACAUGCCAUUUUGCAAAACGGUCGCAACAUGGAGAUGAAUGUAUAUUGGGAUGUAGCAAGAGAUGCUCAGAAGUAUUUAACUUUAAAAAUGGAACACGAAGACCAGAGUAACUGGCAAAAUACCGCUCACAAAUUAAGAGUUUCCGUCAAUCACCCUCGAUUAUCAAAGGAUAUAGUAGCUACUGCUCAAGUAUCAUCAUCAAAGGCAGAGGCUUUUGGAAAACUAGAGCUUGAAUACUCUCGAUACCAACAACAUAACAUGAUGCUAGAAGGUAGAUUAAGAAAUAUGGCUAGAGGAAGAAGAGACACCAACUACGUAGUAUACGUCACAGCUCGUCACCCCAUUAGUAACACAGACUUGAAAAUGAUGGGAGAAAUAAUUAAUAAUGAUGAAGAAGCAUCCGUUAAUAUGAGAAUGGAUUAUAUAGAUAGACAACAACGACAAAGAAUAGAAGAACUAAAAGGAAAAAUUUCCAAACUUAGAGAACAGAUUGAUUUAAUUGCAAAAUCUGAUAACAAUCAAUUGGCUAUGACGGGAAGAAUGUUUCACAUGGAUAACGAAUUUACAUUAGCACUCGAAGAAAAGAUCAACGAACGUCCACCUGUCCAUUCGCACGUUAGAUUAAGUAAAAGGAACAUGAAUAUGGAUUUGAAUAUCACGACUCCUAGUCAAGAAAAUAUGCACGUAAGAGCAGCUAUGCCAAAUGAUGCCGUCCAUUUUGAAAUUUCUCAUACUGAACGCGGGAGACGUAUAUCUGAUGUUUUAUUUAAUCUUGGAUUAAAGGAAUCGCGAAUUUUAAAAUCAAGAAUGACAUGGAGACCACAGAUAUGGCAAAAUGUCAAGGAUGCGCUCUCUAAUAAGUACAAUGAAGUUUCUGAUGUUGUCAUUGUAAAAAAAGAUAAAAUUGUUUCCGAAUUUACAAAUGAAUUCAAUGCCAAGAAGCAGGCCAUCAAUCAAGCCAUGCUGCAAGAACUGGGACCAUUUAAAGAAGAAAUGUCUCGUGAUAUGGAUAGAUUUAGAUACGACGUUAAACGAAUAAACAAUGAUCUGUAUACCAUGUAUCAGAAUGAUGAAUUUUACAUCCAGACUACCUCCGGAAAAGUUGGAGCUGCUUAUGAAGUCGUAAGUUCGUACACAGAAGCAGGCUUAGAAAAAGCAAAAAGAGAAUUGGAAGAAUUGAAAUACAACCUGGCAGAAUCUUAUGACAAAGCAGCGAAAAGUAUGAGCAACUACUACAGACGUACAACUCGCAAAAUUGUUAAUAUGUACAAUCGAGUAAACAGACAAAUGUACGAGUUUGCAGAUUAUGCAAUGGAAAAUCUUCAAGAAUAUUUAUAUGAUUUGGCUACAGUAGUGUCUAUUCGCAUCUCUCAAUUGACCGUAUAUGUUGUAAAUACUAUAGGCGAUUUCGUCACUAGAUACGCUCCUUGGAUGGAAACCUAUUACGAAAAUUACAAAGAUAAAAUCAUCACAGUUUUCAGAAAUUUCUUAGAAGCACUUUAUGAUAAUGCAUAUUAUAAAGCUCUACGAGAAUACUGGAUCAGAGUGCUCAGUACUAUUGAAGAAUUCAGCCAACAACCGUUUUCAGAAAGAUUUGAAAGAGUUGUAAAUACCAUAAAUGAUAAUUUGCAAUAUUAUUAUGAAACAGGAAGAGAAUUUCACGAUAAAUACAUAAGAGAUUAUUACAGGAAAAUUUAUGAACAAGGUUCUCAAAUGUACAGAACUCUACGUUUGGAUGUAAUUAUGAAUGCUCUUGCAGAGAGUACUUACCAAAAAGCAAGAGCCUUGCUGAUGAACACGGCUCGUGGAUUUUUGAACGAAUAUACUAACAUUCUGAAAGGAACUAAAUGCAUAUUCGAACCUCAUCACGGUAAAAUAAUCUUGGAAAUACCAUUGCCAUAUCCGAAAAGAAAUCUGAAAGAAGCUCUAGAUUACAGAACUUAUCCAGAAUUUCAGAAAUUAGUCGAAUUUAAAGAUACCUACCUGUCAAACGAAGACUAUUGUAUCUGGGAUACGUAUUACAAAUACAAGCAUUAUUUAGAAGAAAGUCUGAAAGUCCCACCGUUCGACGCCUAUGCGAUGAUAGCCGGAAAUCAACAUUUCGUUACUUUCGACAAAACUCAUUUCGACUUCUUGGGAGAAUGUAGCUACUUACUGACUCGCGAUUUCGUAGAUGGAAAUUUCACCGUCAUCGUAAACUACGCUCGAGUUGGAAGACAUCCAACAAUAGUCAUGAAAUCUCUGACUAUUCUCUCAGAUGACAAGAAAAUAGACAUAGGAUCCGAUUACAAAAUAACCGUAGAUGAUACUAAAGUAGAAUUACCCCAGCUUUUGGAUGAAACCUUAAUAAUGAGAGAAGGAAGCGUUGUGGUAGUGGAAAACGGAAAAGGCAUUCAAGUCCGAUGCAAUUUCAUCCAUAACUUAUGCACUGUUCAUGUUUCCGGUUUCUAUUUUGGCAAAACUGCAGGUCUCUUCGGUACUUAUGAUUACGAACCCCAACUUGACAUGAUGACUCCCGAUAGAAGGUUAGAAAAGAAUGUGGAGGCUUUCGUAAACAGCUGGGAAGUUAGUGGUGGUGGAUGUAGAAAAUCUAACAUGGCUUCCAUUGUUAGCAACGAUUACAGAGUUCAAGAAGCUUGCAAGAAAUUAUUUGAUAAUAAAAACUCUAUCUUUAGACCAUGUUAUAAACAGGUUGAUCCUCUUAACUUCUAUAACAUGUGCUUGAAAGACCUGGCCAGAUAUGCACCAAAUAUGUUUGAUGAGAAAAUCUGUACAUCUGCUGCUGCCUAUAGAACCGAAUGCAGCGUGGCCGGUGUGCCCGUUCGUAUGCCUAAGUCUUGUGUACGUUGCGAGAAGCACGACGGUAAUAUCAUGAACGAAGGUGAUGUCAUCAAAAUUACAAAUGCUGAACCAGUUCAAUCUGCAGAUGUUGUAUUUAUAGUAGAAAAGAAACCUUGCAAUAGAGAUCAUGUCAGGAUGCUCGGAAAAUUAGCACAGGAUAUCGAAAAUAGUUUAAGCCAAAAAGAAUACACAAAUAUUAAAUAUGCUGUGGUCGGAUUUGGAGGACAGAAUAUACAGCAACCACAUUUGCAAACUAGUGAUGGAGAAGAAUUUGUCGACUUCAGAUCUAUUGAUUCGGCUUUCAGUUCGUUGAUAAAUGACUGGUCAGAAGAUGACAAGCAAACUAAUUCCGUUUUCGAAGCCAUACGUUAUGCAGCUGCUCUACCAUUCCGCACAGGAUCUGCCAAAACGUUCAUAUUAUUGAAAUGCUCGGAUUGCAAAGCUGAAGAUGUUAAGGCUGACUAUAGUGAGAUGUUGAGAACUUUGUUGGAUGGGGAUGUUGUUUUGCAUUUGAUGAUGGAACAUGAAUUUGAAAUGAAGAAUAGCAAGUCAAAAGGAAAACGAAUACUUGGAAUCGAUAAAAAAGUUGCCUACACCUUGAAAGACUGGAAAGAUCCCUCACUGAGAGGAGACAGAGAUUUGUUGGCUCAGCUGAAAAUACCAAAAGACUUCUGUGUGCCUCUUGCCUUGGAAGUGAACGGCAGUCUGUUUGGCUCUCAAAUUUUGAGAGAAUCAAAACGUAACGUAAAUAAGAAAUUUAUUGACGUGUUCUCCAGAAGAGUGGCCAAGACAGCGACACCAUCCGAAUGUCAAGUAUGCGAGUGCAUAUCUACUUCUGAUGGUAUAGGCAAAAGUGUUUGUCAGAGAUGUGUUUCUCCAAUCAUAGCUAACAUGAUUUCACCUGAUAUCAUCUACCCGUCCGGCUCUAGCAAAAAUGAUGAUGAUGAUGAACUGUCAGUAGAUCUUUUGCAUCAAUUACAGGACCCACUCAAUGAAGAAAGAUCAAGAUGAAAUAGAAAUUAGAU